UAUAUAGCGGCAAAGGAUAGAAUAUUUGUAAGUCAGCAAUUUCUGUUCCUGUUUUUUUCAAAAUUAGGGCAGCAGAAAGCAUUAUUAUGGCUUCUUCUUGUGUUCAUCUGCUCCGUUUUGCUUCAAUCCAUCCUUGUAAUCAUCAUUAUCAACGACAAACCUUCAGAAAACCCGCAUCCUUGAUGUAUGUCCAUCCCACAUCAUCUCUGAUCUGGGCUUCUUGCUCUUUUCCUAAUCCCCAGCUAAUCACCCAGAAAUACAAAUUCCAAUUUCUUUCACCUAAAAUCCAACAAAACCCUAACUUUUUCUUCGCAUCUUCUUCAACAAAGAGUACAGCAGUCUGUAUGGCAGCAUUAUAUGAAGCAAAUACCACUGCUUCUGAAAUUACUCCAAAAAUUCCAGCUAUAGAGAUAUCAAUUUUAGUAUUCUAUUUGUGUAUAUCAUCCCGUUCUUGAACCGAUUAAGUCUACUUUCCAAAUUCCCAGUUUUAAGAUUGGCAAUGAAUCCUGUCCUAGCAAUGCUACGAUUCUAUCGAUUGAUACCAACUCUUGGUUUAAUUGGGUUUCUUGCUUUAUUUAUUGGUUUUGUAAGAUACCGCGGGCGGAAUCUGAGUAAGCUCGACUCGCUACAAGCAAUGAUUAUGGAUUGCCUGGUUGUUGUCGCAUCCUUAAUUCGCCCAUUUUUGCUGAACACGGAUCCUUUGGCCAGAGGAGCAGCAUUGGGGUUCAAGUUUCAAUUAUUAAGUGUUCUUGAAUUACUCACUUUCCAGACAUGCAUACAUGCGUGUUUAAAAUACUUAGAGGCUGUCCCGUGGGUUGUAGCGCGUCCCUCUAUUAACACACUUGAACACAUCAUAGGGGUAGUUCUUAAGACUGAUGGAUAUGAAGGUAGACGUGCGGGAAAAUCCUUCGUGGUGGAACUUCUAAGACCAAGAGACUGUCUUCUUAGUGACGUGAAUUCUGCUGAAACAUACAACAAGAAUAUAUUAUCCUCAUGUCAAAGAUGUGUAGAUUCACUGCUGAAACUAUUUAAAAAAGCUGCAAAUACUGGGUUCGAGGCGGGCUAUUUCUGUAAGACUUUGGACAACCAAAUAUCUUUAGAAGUCGAUAGCCUUUUAUGGUUGCUUGACAUUCUAGCAGAUAGGCAAGUGGCUGAGGAGUUCGCGUUAAUGUGGGCUAAACAACAAAAGCUGGCAGACCUAUACACAAAAUUCUGGACGCCCUCUCGCCAUUCCAUCAACUGCAUAACAGUACGAUUGUUGGUUGGUAUAGGAAAAGUGGAAAUUCUUCUGACGAAGGACACCCGACAACUAUUAUUACUGACAUGGUUUCAGCCGCUGGUCGAUGACUACGCUUGUUUACGAAAACGUACUACAUCAUUUGACCUGAAAGUGGCGGAAGAAAAUAUGGAGAGGAUCAUAUUAGAACUUACACCAGGAGAUCAACAGAGUGUAUAUUUGAGAUGGUUUGGAUGUUUCUUGAAGAAAGGUGAUGCCUGUCCAAAACUUCUAAAAGCCUUUGAAGGCUGGAGCAGAAGAACCGUUGGUGAAACACCUUUGCUCUCUUUUAAUAAUGAAUGACAUGAAUUUGUAUUGUAUAGUGUUUAAUUACUUGCUUUCCUCUUGUAAUUUAUUCAAAAGCGGAAAACUCACAAAAGUUUGAAUGUUAAUAUUUUUCCUUACAGUUUCUCGCGGAGUAAAA